AUGUCUUUCCAAUCGCCUGUCUCUAAGUGCAGGAUCACGAUCCCUGGUCUCGGGAAUGUGGAUGGUCUCGAAUAUGCCAACGAAGUUCAGCAAUUUUGUGGCAUUCCAUAUGCAUAUCUGUCAAAGCGCUGGACUCGUUCGGUAUUGAAGACAUCAUGGGAGAAAGGGCACCAUGAUGGGACUCGACUGGGUAAUGAUUGUCCGAGUCCAAUUCUCGAAGGUGACGACUCGGAUGACCUGGUCCCCGUUCCUCCAGCAGCUCAUUUCUCCCAUCCACGUCAAGUAGACGAGCUUUCUGGUCUGGUAAUGAAUAUCGUGGUCCCUAGUGCCUUCAAGGACAAUACCAAGCUACCAGUUUUUGUCUAUGUCCACGGCGGCUCUCUCUUGUAUGGCGGUGCCAACCUUCCAAUUUUCGAUGCUGUGAAUCUCGUCUCCCACAGCAUCUCAAUUGGUCGCCCGAUCAUCAGCGUGAAUUUCACCUAUCGCGUCGGCAUUGGCGGGUUCCUAGCCGGCGAGAUGAUCGCUCGCAGCUUGGAGCAAGACGCAGUGGGCGAGUCGGCCGGGGGCAUCUCGAUCAGCAACCAACUUCAAUCAGCUCGCCCUCCUGUCUUCCACCGUGCUGUUUGCAUGUCUGGCCUAUCUGCUGCAAUCCCGGCGUGGACGAUGGCCCAACAUGACUGUUUCUUUGAAGCAGUCUGCAUCUAUUUUAAGAUUGACCCCGCGGCAAUAGACGCUCUCGACAUGCUCCGAUCUGUCCCUCAACAAGAGCUCGCGAACGCAACGGCCGCGAUUCAGGGUGUUCCAUCCGGUACGGGGAAUCCCUGUUUGGAUGGCUGGUUCUAUCUCCCGGAAGUAGAUCCACGGAAAGUGAUGCCGCCGCCCGCAUGGCUGAAAGGACUUAUGUUCGGCGAUACCUACCACGAGGGAAUCAUCUUCCAUCUGAACCUGCUCCUUCUCGAAGAAAAUUACCAAUCCAUUCGAGAAGCCCUUCGCAGGCAAAUUGGAGAUGAUACGCAGACAGACCACAUCCUCAGAGCAUAUGGCAUUACAGCAGACCUCUCACAAGAUGAUCUCUUCUCUCGAACAGAGCACAUGUGUGGUGACGCUAUCUUCAAGGUCCCUAACUACCUACUAGCCAACAAGUGUGCAGCUGAGAAGUUACCAAAAGACGCGUUAUAUUAUUACCACUUCGAUCAGCGAUCUCGUCUGCCGAACGCAUUAGAGGGUACAGCAUAUCAUGCGCAUGAAUUGCUGUAUCUGUUCGGUAAUUUGAAUAAUGAGCUGAGUGAGAAGGAAACAGGCAUGGUGAGGGAUUUUUCAAGUGCUUGGAUUCGGUUCGCGCACGGCUUGAUGCCAUGGGAGACUGAUGGGGAUCGCAGGUGGAUGCUUUGGGGCCCAGAUAGCAAGAUGAAGGUUAUGGGUGAAGAGGAGGAUCAAGAAGUGCGUGAUUAUACCAGGAUGAAGAUGGUUUUAGGGCUUGAAGAUAAGAACGGGAAGGUAUGGGAGAGGUGGCUAGCUGGGGUAGAUGCUCUAGUGAAUAGGCGAUCCUAUCUUUUUGGCUAA